AUGCUGACGGACCACCAGGCGGCGGUGCUGAUUAAGUACUACCAAAGCGUCCGCCUGAGCGGGGGGCAGAAGGACCGGCUAAUCCAGAAGUAUUGGGCCGCCAAUGGCGAGGAUCGGAAGGAGAUCGCGCGGGUCUACGCCUCGCUUUUCGCCAACGACGCGGCCUUCGUCCAGCGGCUGAUGUUUUACCACGACCACCACCUCAACCCGUCCGGGGGCGGAGGGUCCCAGGGCCAUGGGAGGGAUGCCAUGGCGAGCGGUGGAAGUGAGGGCGGGAGUUCGGCCCCGGGCUCACCGUUUUCGGGCGCCAACCCCGGCGGGGGGUUUUCGCUCGCGGGGUCCUCGCCUCGGCGCCUCACCCACGCCCAGCGGCUCGUCCGGACGGCGAUUCAAGACCAAUUCCCCAAACUUCCCGGGCCGGGCCCCUACGCCCUGCGGUUUUCCCUCGUGAUGUCGGAGGCGGAGCGGAGGGAGGUGGUGGAGCUUUACGCCUCCCAGUUCGAGUACCCGGACCCGCCGGAGCUGCAGAAACUCGUGAUGCCGCCGCAGUCCUUGUCAACCCGCACGCGAAAGCGGAUUAACGGGAGUUAUAGUUGGUUUCUUCGCUGCGAGAGCACCGGGGAGGUGGUCUGCGCGGUCACCAUCACCGCGCACCAUCACCAAACGCACAAAUUUGUCGAAAUGCCGCUCUUCGCGACCGCGGCGGGGUAUAAAAAAAACGGCUUUGGGCGGCUUUUGAACGCCGCGCUGGCGACCUGGUGCCGGCGGAAGGAGUUCGAGUUUAUCAUGAUCUCCGCCGACGUCCAGGCGAUCCCGUUUUGGCGGCAUCUGGGCUAUGAAAUGAUGUCGAAGCGGGAGCGGAACGGCAUCGCCUUCUUUUACGAGCACGAAUGCUAUAAAUUUAAGGGGGCGGAGGCGAUGAUCGGGUAUUGCCGGCCUUCUCAUGGGAAGCUCAACGCGGAAGUCUCGGAGUUGGGCAAAAAGUCCCCCUUUUUGUUGUUUAAUCAUCAGCGACCUGAAAUCGUAUUGCAGGGGAUGCCCAACUUCGUGGUAGUAGGGGGGCUGGAGCUUCCGUAG